AUGGCCGUCGCCGCGGGCCAGGGGGCCUCUUUGUCUGCUGCGACACCCUCUGUGCUGCCCGCUCCCCGACGGCUGGGCACAAAGCAACGACAAAGACAGCGGCAGUGCGGCCAAUUGCCCACGCAGCGACAAUGGCCAGCACGCCGCGCACGCGAACAGGCCGUGGGUGCCCACGAUGCAGCUUUCGCAGCUCCGUCCGCUCCUUCGCCGCUCCUUCGCCGCUCCUUCGCCGCUCCUUCGCCGCUCCUUCGCCGCUUGUGGUCCUUGGUCCCUGGCUGCCGGGUUGGCGUGGGCCCUGAAAAAUCGCCCUUGGCCGGUUCGCCCGCUUGGUCGUGUUGCGUCAACCGGCAGCAGCCUCCCAAUCCUCUCGCCUGCAUCCAUCCCUCGCAGACCGGUCUCGGGCUUCUGGGCCCCGUCGUCCAGGCAGUGAAUGACGCGAAGAUGAGAGGGCAAACGUCCUUUGCACCGCACACUUUGGACACCGUGGCGACUGCCAGCAUGGUGUACGAUUAA